AUGAAGGGAUUUACAAAGAUAGCUUACGAAAGUUCAACGUGUUACUAUUGGAUCUUGGUGACUCUUUUACUAUCGGUAUGCGUUAACGCGGAAAUUGAAAGACGUACCUCCAGACAAAUGGUUGAGGAAUCUCCCGAGACCUUAUCGUCCACCUUGAGCAAGGACUGUGGAAAGUCUUAUAGUACCACCUGUCUCAAACUAGACGUAGUAUCCUUUCUGGAUAGAUUGUCAGAACAGGAGGACCUCGGUAUCCUUCCUGGUGUGUCCGUUGUAAAGGAAAACGCUUCCAUUGACGUAUCUGCUUCGGAAGUCGUUGCUAAUUUGGCUAGAGAUUUCCCAAAUGAUGUAGAGAAGAGACUAGACGCCUAUCUCGUUCAUAAAGUCGGCAGUUAUUUGAAUAGUCACUCCAUCUCGAUCAAGCUUUUUGAUCCAAAAACGUUCGAAGCUGCUAGGAACUUCAACGAGGACGCAUUAACUCAAUUGGGCUUGAAUGGAAAUCAAAAUGUUGAGACAGGACGUAAGAAGGACAAGGGAAACAGUGGUUUGAUGGCAGGUUUGAUGAUGAUGAAAGGUACUCUCGGAGCUGUCGGUUUCGGCGCGUUAGCACUUCUCGCUGGUAAAGCUCUGAUGACUGGUUUGAUGGCACUCAUGUUAUCUGCUAUCGUCGGCUUGAAAUCUCUAGCUAGCGGUGGCGAGAAGAAGACUACUUAUGAGAUUGUUAGCAAGCCGAUUUACUCAAGCUCACAUACUCAUAGCUCAGAGGAACAUCACGGACACGGUUACGGGCAUUCGGGAUACGGAAGAUCUCUCGAUUCGGUCCACGAAACUAUUCAAGAGGCUGUACGAAAAUACGGAAAUGCACGCGAUCGUCGAGCUAUAAGACAAAAUUAA